GUUUAACAAAUUUAUAAAUACUGUUUCGUGGGGAUUUACCAUAUUGAGUGAUGCAUUUUAAACCAUAUAUGCCAUUAUGAUCGUGCAGCUUCUGUGUUAUAUUUUUUCGUGUUAUAUCUAUGUUGUGGCUACAUCGAGUUUGAAGCAUGCAGACAAUAUAAAGUUAUUGAGUUCUACUUUAUCAAUACAAAAAGAAUAUAUUCUUGACAUUAAGGAACGAUCUAGGAAGGAGAAGCAAUUAUAUUUUACAGAUUAUUUGCGAAAUCUUUUUAAGGAGAUAUCAUUAUACGAUGCCGAUAAAUCUCUUUUGACAGACGAUACAACAACUUCAGAGGACGUGAUAACGAGGCUGGCCAGUGUUCACAUUUUAUAUAGAAAUAUUCAUAAGAAGAACAAAUACUUGUUUGAUAUUUCUAGUCUUCCUAGAAAUAUAUUUGUUUCCCACGCCGAGUUAGUGACUCAUUAUGGCACACAAUCGACGGAAAUACCAGGUUCAUCUGACAAUUAUCUUAUCAAAGAUGUGACACAAGAUUUUAAAGAUCAUUACACUUUCGGAACAGACUUAUAUGAAGCUGAUUUUGAUGAUAAUGCUAAAAACAAUACAACUCCACAACUAGUGAUUUUUGAAAACGUAAAUAACACCCUAUUGUCCUCGUUGAGGUCACGUAGAAGACGAGAUAUAAGUUUAGCAUUGCCAAUGUCAAACCUAAAGGAUAGUAACAUCAACAAAAAACUCUGUUCACGUUUACCAUGGGAGGUAAAUUUCCGAGAUAUUGGCUGGAGUCGUUCGAUAUGGCAUCCCUCUUCCUACUAUGCGAACGUGUGUGCCGGCAGCUGUGACUAUAAUGAUAAUGCAACUGUAUAUUCAAGUCACGCUUACAUCAAAAAUCUAUUCAUAAAAAAGUUCCGGAAUAAAAUUCCGAAUAAUUUUGAAUUGUCUACCAAUUGUUCCCCUUCUUCUUAUGCACCACAAACAAUUAUCUAUCUUAGCAAGCAUAGAACUAUUAUGGUCAAACAAAUUUCAAGAAUGAAGGUAGCCACUUGUUCGUGUCUAUAAAUUUGAUUGUUUACUCACUGAUCUUUGAUGUGCAAGAAAUCUUUGUAAUGUUAUA